AAACUGUUGACACGUGACACGCGCUAGUGACGUGGUCAUCUGUCGGCGUCUUCUCUAUUUAACAACUGUAAUAGUAACACGUGAAGGAGCACGGUUUGGUGACCAACAAGACAUCAAGAAAGAAAUGAUACGGAGUACGGACGGAAAGGCGUCUGUGUCUAACAUGAAGUCCGGUUUUGUAGCAUUAACUUUGUUGUUAACUGCAGAUCUUAUACAAACGCUGUCACACAGCAGUGCUAAGACAGGAAUACAUAGAUACCAGACACAACCCCUUUUCAAAGAAAAGUACUUUGCCCAGCGCCUCGACCAUUUCAACUUUAAUUCCAUGGGGAAUGGGACAUUUUUUCAGCGAUACCUGAUCAAUGAUAAAUACUGGAAGAUUGGAUAUGGUCCAGUUUUUUUCUACACUGGCAAUGAGGGGGACAUCUGGGUGUUUGCCUUAAACUCCGGAUUUCUUAGCGAAUUGGCUGCUCAGCAAGAAGCCUUGGUCAUAUUUGCUGAACAUAGGUACUACGGCAAGUCUCUCCCUUUUGGCAAUGACUCCUUCAACAUACCUCAGAUUGGCCUGUUGACAGUGGAACAGGCAAUUGCAGAUUAUGCUGUCAUGAUCAGUGUGUUGAAACUUCAAAUGUCAGCCACAGAUUGUCCGGUCAUUGUUUUUGGUGGAAGUUAUGGUGGAAUGCUUUCUGUCUAUAUGAGAAUAAAGUAUCCAAAUCUUGUGGCUGGAGCUCUUGCUGCGAGUGCACCCAUACUGUCAACUGCUGGGCUGGAUGAUCCAUGGCAGUUUUUUAGAGAUGUCACUGCUGAUUUUGAAAACAUUUCUCAAGAAUGCAGAAAUGCAGUAAAAGGAGCUUUUCAUCAGCUGAAAGAAUUAGGUGAACGGCAAGAGUACAAUAAAAUUCAGUCCACAUUCGCCCUGUGUAAGCGUCCAUCAUCUGCUCAGGACAUCCACCAGCUAAAUGGCUUUCUGAGGAACGCAUUCACACUCAUGGCCAUGUUGGAUUAUCCUUACAGGACUCAGUUCAUGGGCAAGAUGCCUGCAAAUCCUGUGAAGGUGGGUUGUGAAACCAUGCUUCGUGGAUCUGAUCUGCUUACCAGUCUGAGGGAUACUGCAGCAAUUCUGUACAACUCAACUGGCUUGCUGACCUGUUAUGAUGUGUACAGUUUGUAUGUGGAGUGUGCUGAUCCCACUGGGUGUGGGAUUGGCUUUGACAGCAUGGCCUGGGACUAUCAGAAGAGACAUUGGACUACCUCAGCAGCUUGUUGGAGUCAAUGUGGACACCAAGAGGAGAAUCACUUGUGUUCUGGUCCGUUCUGGGUGGAGGUUCAUAAGAUAUUACAAAAGGUGAUCCACAGGGAUAUUCCUUUCAAAUUAGAAUUUGUGUGUUUUGGUGCUUUUGAAUUGGAAAAUGUAUCUUCACAGGAUAAAUAUGUAUUCUUGAUAUUGAGCGCUGCAGCCAGGAAAGCCAUAACAAGAAAAUGGCUGAAAAUUGACAGCCAACUGUAAAUGAAUGGAUAGACAUUGUCAAUGGGAUAUUUAAAAUGGAAAGAGUAACAUUUGCGCUAAGACUUCAGAAGCAUAUGUUCUUCAAAAAAAUGGGAGAAGUGGCUGCAAUACGUAUGUCAAGUAUUAGACUGUCAUUUAUAUAAUUCUAGUUUUUGCACUUAAUUUUCAUUAUAUGGACUAUUUGUACACCCCAAAGGUUUAUUGUUCUGAAUGUUGAAAGUUUGAACUUCAGUGGUAUGCAAGAAAAUAAGACCCGUAUCAACCUGAAUUUGUUGAUGUUGAUGAAUACAGUCAAAGUGAUAUUUGUGACAUGUAAGAGCAGAUGGGUUGCAUAUGCACUGUUGGUUUGGAUCUGUAAAAAUGGAAUAAAAAGAGAAUUUAAAAAAACUGUACUGUAAGAGAGAGACAUUCACUAUUAGUCACUAAGCUAAGUAUGUUGGUCAACUCAGAGGUACAAAUAAAAGCUGAAAAGAACAAAUGAUUGAAAUAUUGACUUACCUUCUUGGCCACGUUCGAGAAAAAAUUGGCUUUGUUGUUUUGCUGUCAUGCAUCCACCUUGUAACGCAAAAUUAGCAGGUUGUAUCAUUCAGAAGUCUGGAAGUACAGUCCGUCUCAAGUUUUAAACAUGCAGAAAUUGACUAAAUUCUUUUGGUUGAACUAUCAGGUCUAAAAUAGUCACUAAUUAGGUGGACUGAGGAAAACAAAAAGGUACAAGAUGGUGCACAUGAAGACAUCACAAAAAAUCAAACAUACAAUACAUAGUACAUGACCUGUGACCUCUCCCACUUUGCAUUUGAGUAAAUACAACAAAUCUGGCAAUGUGAUGCACAUUGAAUCUGUUCUGUGAUAGACUAAAAAAAGAAUGUUAUUAAUAGCUAUUCUUUAUUGUAAGUCAGGCAUGUCAAACAUACGGCCCGCGGGCCGGACCCGGCCCGUUGGAUGAUUUGAUCCGGCCUGUCAUAAAUUUCUGAGUAUGUCAAAAAAAGAAGCGAGUCACUAGCUCAUUUCUAUCAAAAGUUAUGAUUCUUUAAAAUAAAUACAACUCAAAUGCUCCCUCCGGCCGCUAGAGGGCAGUAAAUGGGUAAAAGAGCUCACGUCCACCAUGCGGCACUGACACGAGUUAGUACCAGGAAAUAAACAUUCGCUGGUUAAGCAGAGGUGUAGUACUCAAGCGCUUCUUUGAGCUACGAGGCAAAAUUGUGGGAGACGCAGCUAUCCAGCGGUGGCACCACGCACUUCUCAUGUCUCACAGCUGUGCGUCCGAAGGCACCGGAUCGUCCCGAUUUGGAUAAAUAUAAAGACAACAUAACAGAUUUGCUGCGAGAGUUUGAGCGGAGGUUUCAGGUUUUCAGUGAACUUGAGAACAAGUUCGGCUUUUUUCGCUCGCCAUUUACAGUGAAGCCUUCUGGUGUGCCAGCUGACAUUCAGCUCGAGCUUAUUGACUUGCAGUGCGAUUCCGCUAUGAAGGAUACAUUUGGGUCCGUGGGAUUGGAUACGUUUUAUCAGUAUCUUGUGCCAGGUUACCCCAAAUUAACAGCCAUGGCUGCAAAGGUUCUCUCCAUGUUUGAGACUACUUAUCUUUGUGAACAGGUGUUCUCCGUGAUGAACAAUAAUAAAACAAAGCAGCGCUCAAAGUUAACAAAUGAACACUUGAAUGACAUUGUUAAAUGUGCUGCUACUCAGGAUUUGACACCUGAUAUCGACGCACUUGUAAAAGCAAAAAAUGCCAAGUUUCAGGAGCCAGCAGCAGCAAGUAGACUGCAGGAGUGCAGUGAGAGAGAAAAAAGUGUGAUGACACGACAUUUGUUUGCACUCAUGAAUAGAAAUCAUUAAAAAUAAGAUUAAUCUGGUUUCAUAUUAAAGACAAUUAAUAUUGUGCAGUAUAUUCUCAGCUUCAGUAGGCCCAGCCUAGUAGUUUGAGCUGAUGUAGUCUAAUCUUAUUGCCCAUGCACUGCUAAAACCUUUAUUUUGUAAUUUUAUUUAUUAUUAUUUCAAAGCAGUAUGACAAUUCAGGCAAAACAUUUUUUUUUUAUAGCUCCCACUUGAGUUUGUUUAGUGUGGUGAGUUGGUUCAGGUGUAAAACUGCAUUCACUCAACUGUUAAAAUAAACCAGUUGUUAACACAUUCAAUGCCAAACAUGAAAAUCAUUUUUUUUCUCCAUUGUUUGUGAAUAAAUGUGUUAUGCUUAGAAAAGAUCCCUUGUCAUCCGUGAUUAUAAUAUGUAGGGUAGGCUACAAAUGUAGGCUGAAUGAUAAAGCAUAGUACUGAAAAACAAAGCUAAAUAGUUGGAGUUGACAUUCUUUUACUGAUCCGGCCCACCUGAGAAAAGAAACUCUGGAUCCGGCCCCAGAGCCAAACUAAGUUUGA